AUGAAAGCUGCACCAGCUAUAUUAGUGCGCCCGUUUGGAUUAUGACAAUUAUGUCAUAACAAAUGUAGAGGCUGGUCGUAUUUAAUAUGGGAACCUAGCCGUUAUACUGAUAACACAGAUGGAUGACAUGGUCAAUGAAAAGGUAUACAGAGCAACCUUGCAUGAACAGUAUGAGGGUUUACGGGAAGCCGAUCUCCAGUGUAGACUGACGAUUCAUCGACACCAUGCAACGUCAGAUUUGAUCUGUCCCCCCGUGUUUGAUAAUGUCAUGUGCUGGAAUGUGACCAGGGCUGGAACCAACGCCUCCCAGCCAUGCCCAGGCUACAUCGACAACUUCCGUAUCAACGGGUUGGCAAUACGAAGGUGUAUGGAGAACGGAAGUUGGUACGUGAAUCCGGAAACCAACAGUUCAUGGACAAACUUCACCGACUGUUUUCCGGACCAAAGCAAGCGCAACUCCGUUAAUAAUUCACUAAACAUCAUACAGACGAUACAAGUGACAGGCUACACGAUAUCAAUAGUGUCCCUUGUACUGGCCCUGGUGAUCCUACUUCGUUAUAGAUACAGCCAGAGAUCCAGACGAACCUUAUCAAAAAUCACCAUUCUACACAUCAACCUGUUUAUUGCUUACAUCCUUCGAGCUUCUGUAUCACUUUUGAGGAACUACAUUUUUGGCAGGGCGUUUGUGCUCUCUCUGAACGGUCAUCUUAAGACAGAGACAGACUAUACGCAAUGGGUGUGCAAGCCGAUAACCACCUUGUUCGUCUAUGCUUUGGUAGCCAGCACUUUUUGGCUCAAUGUGGAGGCGUUUGUCCUGACCAAACUUAUCGUCGACUGGAAAUAUCUACAGAAGAGAAACAACGUCUUUGUUCAUAUUGCCAUAGGAUGGGGGGGUCCGCUGUUCAUUGUCGUGCCGUGGCUAGUUCUCCGGGUUGUAACAGAGGAUGAUUGGUGCUGGAUUUCCUACACCUGUGAGUGGUCGAUGUGGGUUUUCGUCAGGGGACCUGUCUUUAUCAGUAUUUUUAUAAACAACAUUCUCUUCAUAAAAAUAGUGAGGUUUUUGUACAAGAGAUUAAAAGAGGUCAACAAGAGCUCUCACUUCAACAAAACCAUCAUCUUGAAGAUGGCUAGAACUGUGUGUAUACUCAUCCCACUGUUCGGCGUCCCCGAUAUCAUUUUUGUUUUGCUGUCAUUUUGGUUUGAUGUUGAAUACCUGUAUGCUGAAAUGUUUUUUAAUUCACUGCAGGGGUGUAUGUUAUCAUCAACAUUUUGUUUGACAGAAAAGAAGGUAGUCCAAGAGUUCUGGAAGUUUAUAUAUCGCUGUAAAAAGACAGAACAAAACAAAACUGGGUGUCGGCGGGCCUCGCAGCCAUCUUUGUCAGAGGAGACAACUGUUGCCUGAACAAAUUUUCACUGUAAUAAACCAGUGUACUUUAACAUUGCGUGUUGUUUAAUUAGACUACAUUGAGUUCAUAGAUGCUGAGAUAAAAAGUAAUAAAUUUGGGGAUUUGCA